AUGCCAUCACUUCCCAUUUUUAUUGAUACACAAUCCACCCUGCCGCCCCCUCGUCGACGCAUUUCGAAAGGCGGCCUCGUACCGAGGGAGGAAUUGGAGGAGGUGAAGGAGCAGGCGGAACGGGCCUUCCAGGAGCUGCGACAACAAGCUGAUGAGGAUAUACGCCAUCUUCAAUUGGAGGACCGAUUCACAAUAUGCCCGAGCCUUGGGUCGACUGGAGCUUGUGGUUUUGGCCUGUUUGAUGGCACAGCAGGGGACUUCGCAGCAGAGAAUGUGAAGCGACUAGUGUUCGGUCAUCUGGUACAUACAAGGGGAUGGAAUGAGUUCGAGACCCUCGAGAAAGACGCCAACGAGAGUCGGUCCAAAAGGAAGUGGAUGAGGGAGAAGUGCUGCUUGGAAUCUGCUAUGAACGAUAUGUUUGUGAGAUCAGACGUUGAAUUGAUGCACUUAUGUGGUGCUGAGGGAAUUCACUAUGCGGCCAGCACUGGGGUAUGCGCUGUGAUUACUAAAGAACACUUGGCCGUAGGCCAUUUG